AUGAUGAACGCUGAUGAUAGCAGCUCUAAAGCCACCAUCCUGUUGAUGGGGCUGAGAAGAGGCGGAAAAUCUUCUAUCUGUAAAGUAGUGUUCCACAAUAUGCAGCCACUAGACACGCUGUAUUUGGAGUCCACAUCCAACCCAACCAUGGAACACUUUUCCACGCUGAUAGACCUGGCAGUGAUGGAGCUGCCGGGUCAAUUGAACUAUUUUGAGCCCAACUACGAUUCCGAACGGCUUUUCAAAAGUGUAGGAGCGCUCGUGUAUGUUAUAGACUCGCAAGACGAGUAUAUGAACGCCCUAACAAAUCUGGCGAUCAUCGUGGAGUAUGCGUACAAAGUGAACCCAGACAUUAAUAUCGAAGUGCUGAUACACAAAGUAGAUGGCUUGAGUGAGGAUUUCAAAGUGGAAACGCAGCGUGACAUCAUGCAGCGGACCGGCGAGGAACUGCUGGAACUUGGUCUUGAUGGCGUGCAGGUCAGCUUUUAUCUAACGUCGAUUUUCGACCACUCGAUCUACGAAGCAUUUUCACGCAUAGUACAGAAACUAAUUCCGGAAUUACCGUUUUUGGAGAACAUGCUGGACAAUUUGGUGCAGCACUCUAAGAUCGAAAAGUGUUUUUUGUUCGAUAUAAACUCCAAGAUCUACGUAUCCACGGAUUCAUCGCCCGUUGAUAUCGUGAUGUAUGAGACGUGUGCUGAGUUCGUAGAUGUGACCAUUGACCUGCACGACCUGUAUAAGAUCUCGAACGGGGCCGAAAGUGGUGCCCAUGACCCUGCUGUGGCCCCUGCUCGACCCCAUAGAGAGGUCAAAAGCGUUUCUGCGCUGAACAACGGGGUUGUCAUAUAUCUGCGUCAAAUGAUCCGUGGGCUGGCACUGGUGGCCUUGAUAAGACCCGACGACACAGACGUCGAAAGCUGUUUGACCGUGGUGGACUACAACGUCGAUAUUUUCAAAAAGGGUCUGGAACAAGUGUGGGCGCAUGCCCGCAUUGAACAGGCUUCAAAUCUUGAGGGGAAUAAGUCUUGA